AUGGAGAAAUCAUUUUGCUCCGGUGAAGACUGGAUAUUCUCUGGAAAGAUGCUACCGCAAUAUGUUCAAUCAAAACGGAAACCGCUACAACAAUACAGAAGAACUGAAUGCAGAAGCAUCGAGUUUUUUGAAGAAAGAGAACGAAUAGCAGUAAGUAAAGGUAGCGACAAUGAAAGACGGAGUUGUGAAGGUCUCGAUGAGUUCAUUACACCUCCAUUAUAUACUAUUCCAGGAAUUGAAUUAGAAUGUAAACUGGAAGAAUGUGAUCCGAAAACUUUAUCUAAAAUCAUACUACCGAAAGUGCAGGUUCAAAACGAGCAAUUUUGUGGUAAAGUCGACUUCAGUAACGACUGA